AUGCUCGGCAGCUCCGCCAAGGUGACGCAGCGCCUCUUGAAGGCGGCCGAGCAGGAGGUGGUGAGUGCUCAGCUAGAAAAUUUUGAGCGCAUGUACCCAGAAGCAAGCAUAUGCUUCUACCAGCGUGAUGGGCGUGCCUCCGGCACCCUCUCCGACUCCUCUGUCGACCUCCUCGGCGAGCGUCCUACUCUGGGUAUGCAGACGCGGCCCCCCCUCUCCAUAUCUACAAAGCGCACCGCCGCCAAUGCACAGGGCAGCAGAUCACACGUGGAUCGACUGACAGCGCCGCCGUUCAGCGGGGCAGCCGUACAUGCGGAGCGCACCAUCUUGGCUGAGGCACAACAAACGCAGGAGGCCGUGACGUGGCUACGCGAGUGCCCCAGUCGAACCCUGCAGCUGCUUCAGCAGCGCGUCCUGGGCUCAAUAGAAGUCCUCUUCACCCAGCUGGUCGGCAUGCCGGUGGCCGCACGUCAAGUAUUGGAGCACGUCGCCGCUGCAAGCAAACCGACAGCACCAAAGAAGAAUGCUGGCACUGGCGACGGCGACGACGCGGUGGGACCGCAGUACGUGCUACCGCCGCAGCCUCUCACGUUCUCAGAGUUCAUUAGCAGCUUCCUGCUCGACAGUCCGGCUGGCGCCGCCUCGACGUCGCGCGCGCUGCCGUUCAGCCUUGUGCUUCUCAGCGGGCGUCCGCAGUCGGUGGUGCCGCUAACGUCGCUGCACGUCGUCUACGGGCUUCACGUUGUCGAGGAGGUGCUGCACCGACCGAGCCUCUCGACAUCCUCAUCCAUGUCGGCUUCAUUGCCGACAGCGGCAACGGGGCUGGAAGAUCAUCAAGCUCUCCUCUCGGAGGUGGUGCACUGGACCACCUUCUUCGAGUCAGUCUUCGACAAAGCGAGGGAGGGCCUUUGCAGGGACCCACUAAACCUCUACGCGGCGGUGCUGCUGGCCUGUGCGGAGCGUGGCGCCUGGGAACUACACAACACGACUGACGUCCUCGCCAAAGAGGCGGUUCGGCUGCUGAAACUGGAGGGCGCUGCCAGCGGGCGCCGCCCCGACGUGUGCGCUGCGUGCCGCACGACGGCCGCGCACCUCGCCAACAGCUGCCAAAGCUAUGUGAAGCACGCCCUGCGCACCGUCGCAGCUCCCCAACACCCAGCCAACCACGUCAGCAGCCGCAGCAGUGCUAAGGGUAGCAAGUGCUCAGCGUCAAGUCGCGGCGCGGCGCCUAUCACGCGGCUCUUCCUGGCCACGCCUGCAGUGGUGUGGUGGGCUGCCGCCUUCCUGCGAUUGUAUCGACUGCGCACGCCGAUUGCAGCGCCGCGCCGAGUUCCAGCCGUGAAAGGAAUGAGCGGCACCUCGACGAUGUUGCUCGACAGUAACGCGCAGACGGGGGCUACCGGCGAUGUGGUGAGCAGUGCGGAGGCGUACCUCAUCCGUGACUGGAUAGCGCAAGCUGCUAAGAUGGAUAGAGAGGGAUUCACCGUGCAGGAGGACGCCGGCUGCCUCUGCAUCCCACUCAGCUGCGCCACCCACACACCUGUCGCGGUGUUCGGCUUCACACAGGAGAAUGUGCAGGCUGCACUGGAUCGCAUGACAGCGUGGGUGGACACUGGCGUUGCGACCAACACGCCGCUGCGGGUCGAUGAGCUGCUCGCAGCGCUGCAGGACGAGUACGCUGCUCUUCCGUACUACCUCAGUUACUUCACCGACGUAUGA